CACACACACACACACACACACUCGUACAUGUAAAAUGAGAGCCAGACUCGAGAAGUAGUGUGCGUUUGUGAGAGACAGAGAGAAUGGCUGCGAUGAAUUUUGCCCCCAUAUCUCUCCGGCCACCGGAAUUCACCUUCGGAAACUCAAAUUACAGAAAUUCGGUUACAUUUAUUGGCAAAAGGAGGACCAUCUCAGUCUCAUUGGCAGUGAAUUCGCAGGAAUCUGCACCUGUAAAGCCCGAAAUUGAGCUCGAAUUCAUAGGGCCUGAAGCAGGAGGUGAUGGGGUAUAUCCGGUGGAGAGAGCUACGGAGAUAAGUGGAGAGAAGCUUCUCAGGAACAUCAUGUUGGAUAACAAGAUUGAGCUCUACGCCACCUAUGGAAAGGUGAUGAACUGUGGAGGUGGCGGAAGCUGUGGGACUUGUAUUGUCGAGAUUAUAGAUGGAAAGGAUCUCUUGAAUGAAAGAACGAAUGCUGAGCUUCGGUAUCUAAAGAAGAAACCAGAAUCUUGGAGGCUGGCUUGCCAAACUAUUGUUGGAAAUAAGGAGAACUCUGGAAAGGUUGUGGUUCAAAGAUUGCCUCAGUGGAAGAAGUGAUUACAAACUGAACAAUUUAUAUCAGUGGAGCUGAUGAUUUGCCCAAACAAAUACAAUGAAGCAACACAUUACAGACAUUCCAUAUAUGUAAUAUAUGCAUUCAUCACAUGUUAGUCACUGUACCCUGCUUUUGUAUGUGCACAUAAUAUAAUAUGAUUUGCAAUUUGAAGCUGUCUACUGACUUAGCCUAUUAUGUAUCUCUCUCUCCAAAUAAUUGAAAACAAUGACAUUUUUAUUCA